AUGGCGACGGGCGGCGGGCAGGGAUCUCUGAGGCGGCGGCUGCAGAGCUCGCAGGAGGCGCAGCACCGGCAAGCGGUGCUGGUGCGGAAGCUGCAGUCGAAGUUGCUGCAGUACCAGACUCGGUGUCAAGAGCUGGAGCACCAGCUGGAAGCAGGAGGGGUGAGUGUGUGGGGAUCCUCACUAGACAGGUGGGAAGGCACAGAAGACCACAGCCUGGAGAAAGCCUUACAUCACUUGGAGGAGGAGCAGCAGAGGUGUGAGAAUCUGGCAGAAGUGAAUGCUCUCCUGAGGGCACACCUGAAUGAAGCCAAGGAGGUGAAUUCAGCCCUCAAGGAGGACGUUGGAAAGCUGACAGCAGAUUGGAUGAGGGCCAGGGAGGAGCUGGAGCUGAAGGAGAGUGAGUGGAGCAGUGAACGGGAGCUUUAUGAGAGCCAUUGGAGGGGUGAACACAAACGUCUGCUCAGCCUCUGGUGCCAGGUGGUGACCUUCCGCCGCCACUUCCUGCAGAUGAAGACAGCCACUGACCGAGAUCUGUCAGAGCUGAAGGCAGAGCAGCUGAGGCUUUCUGGAUCGAUCCUGGGGCACUGCUCCCGCCUGAGCUCUGGCCUGCAGCUCUGGGAGUCUGUCACUCUGGGGAGAGCUGUCCUGAAGGAUCAGGCACAGCAGCAAGAGGGACAGAAAAUAAACCAGAAGAUGCAGGAAGUGAUGUGCUUACAAGUGCAGGAGGAUCUGGAGAAGAAGGAACUUCAGGACAGGAUAACGGAGCUCUCAGCCUUGCUUGUCCAGUCUCAGAAGCAGAACGAGGAGAAGGAGAGGACCUUGAAGACCCUGACUGACACAGUGGACGUUCUGGAAGCAAGUCAGUCAGAAUAUGAAGCUUCCUUGACUAAAAGUGCCAAAGAAGAGAACCUUUCCCUCCAAAAGCUGAUAAAAGAUAUCACUGAGAUGGUGUUGGAUGGCAGUGGCAGCACUGACAGUUCCCAGCAUGCAGAGCCCAGCAACAUCUUCUCUUCCUGCCUGAGCUCCCUUGAUGCAGAGCAUGCCCUUAUGUUGGUUCAGGAAGCACUGGCAAAGAGGCAAGGGGCAACACAGGCCCUACAAGAAGAGCUCUCUGCCACCAAGAACUCUGUCAAUUGCCUGAUGCAACAGCACAGACAGCAGGAGGAGAAGUGCAGGAAGCUGCAGCAGAGCCUUGAGCAGCUGGAGGAGGAAUGCAGGACAUCCAGCAGCCACCGGCAGCACCUCCAGGCUCUGGUAGAAACACUGCGAGGUGACUGUGCAGCUCUGGAGCAAACCAGGGAAGAGCUACAGCAGCAGCUUGAAGCAGCAAAGCAGGAAGCCUCACGUCUGCGUCAGAGUAACACUGAACUGCAGCUGAAGGAGGAUUCAGCCCAGGGGGAAAAGAUGGAGCAGCAACAGACAAUGGAGAAAGCUCAUCGUGACCAGGAGCUCCUGCUGCAGGACUUAGCUGCUCUUGAAGGCAAACAUUCAUUGUUGCAGAGUGAGUUGGUGGUUGCAAGAGAGACACUGGAGGAAUCACAUCUCCAGAGGGACCUGCUGAAGCAAGAGAAGCAAGAGCUUGCAAUGGCACUGGAGAAGGCUGAGCAGUCAGUAGCAGAGUUGACAGGGGCUCAGAACAAGAUGAGUGCUGAAAGAGCAGACCUGCAGGUUGCAGCAGCAAAGAUGAGCAGCAUCAGUGAAGCUCUUGCUCUGGAUAAAGUGCAGCUGAACAAGCUGCUGCUGCAGCUGGAGCAGGAGAAUGACCUUCUGUCAGGUAGAGUGGAUGAGCUGGAGAGAGCAAAGAUCUCUGACCUGGAGAAGCUGAACUUAUGUGAGAGAAAAAAUGAAGAGCUCAGUGCAGAGAAAGCCCAACUGGAGCAGCUGCUGGAAAAAGCAGAGGAGCAGCAGGAGGGGCUCCAGAUGGAGCUGAUGAUACUGGCAGAGGAGAAGGCAGAAACCCAAGAGAAACUCAAUCAGGUGUGCCACCAGCAGGAGGUGGCCAGCAGUGGCCUGGAGCAGCUGCAGCAGGAGUCCUGUCGCCAAGGGCAGGCCUUGGCCAAGGUGUGCAAGGAGAAGGAGGUCCUGGUGAGGGAGAAGGCAGCCCUGGAGGUGCGGCUGGCAGCCCUGGAGAGGGACAGGCAAAGCCUUGCAGAGCAGCUGGAAGAGGCCAGGUCAGUGAAGGAGACCCUGGAAUCCAGCCUGUUUGAGACUCAGCAGCACUUAUCUCAGCUGGAGAUCACCAGGAGUCAGCUUGAAAUGCAACUUCACACAGUCACACAGGCCAAGGAGGUGAUACAAGGGGAGGUGAGGUGCCUGCAGUGUGAGCUGGAAGCAGAGAGGUCUCUCCUGCAGCAGGAACGAGAGCACAUGGCCCAGCAGCUCCUGCAGGCAGAGCAGCAGUGUGACACCACCCUCAGGCUCAGGGACACUCAGCAUCAAGUGGAAAGAAACAAGCUCCUGCAGGACCUGGCAAGUGAGCAGGAAGGGCACUGCUCAGAGCUGCAGAGGAUGCUGGAGCAGUGGGAGAAGGAGAAGGCAGAGGCAGAAAGGGAGCAUGAAAAGAAGCUGUUGGAUAUGAAGCAGAAAGUUGCUACCAUGCAAGCUCAACGAGAAGAAGAACAAACAAGAGCUGAAAAUGCCAAGCAAGAGGUCCUGCUAGAAAAAGAAAGUGAGAAGAAUGCUUUGCUAGAGACUCUUCUCCAAACUCAGGAAGAGCUAAGAGAAGCCUGCCAGCAGCUAGAGCAGCUCCAGCAGGAGGUGAAGGAGCAGCAAGAGAAUGGGCAGCACCUGCAAGAAAAGCUGCAAGCAGAGCUGCAGGAAACUCAGAAUGAGAUGAAGGCAGUGGAGAAGAGGCACGAGGAAGAAAUCAAAACUGUCAAAGAGGAGGUGAAUGUCCUGCUCCAGCAGAGGGAUGCUCUACAGAAACAGGUGGAAGAGUUGACAUCUCAGCUGGCAGCCUCUGAAGAAUCCCAGCAAAUGAUUGGCCACAAAGCUCAGCAAGAUCUGAGUGAGGCACAGGAACUGUCAAGGCAGAAGGGGAUGGAGAUCUUGCACCUCCAAAAGAUCUUGAAUGAGAAGAAAAUGCAGUGGCAGGAGGUAGAACAGCAGAACAAGGAGCUGCAAGUGUGCCUGCAGGCCUUGGAGGGAGAAAGGAGUCGGUGGGAAGAAGUGGAGCAUCAGAAUGUAGAAUUCCAGGCUCUGCUGAAGGCCCUGGAGAGUGACAAAGCCAGUCUGACUCUUUCUCUGGAAGAGAAGGAACUGAGCCUCAGAACCCUGGAAGAAAACAACCUUGCCCAGCUCCACAAGGUGUCUCAGCUGCUCUCUGCUCUUCAGCAGGCUCACCAGCUCCAUUCAGACCAGAGAACAGAAAUAAAAGAGCUCCACACUCAGAUAGAGUCCCUGCAGGGAGUGGUGCUGGAGAAGGAGGCUGAGCUGGCAGCUCGAGAGCAGCAGCUGCUGCAGGCUCUGCAGGAGUCCCAGGCUGGAGAACAGAGCUUGAGGGACUCUCUGAGCAGCAUGGAGGCUGAGAAGGCUGAGCUGCAUCUCAAGCUUUGUAGCACAGAGAGCAGAGCAAAGGCUUUGGCCACGGAGUGCCAGCUGGCUAAGAGUGCCCAUGGGGAAGCCCAGGCCCAGCUGGACAAACUGCACUUGGCUCUGCAUCACCUCACCUCUGCCAGCAGAGACCUGGCCACCUGCACUGCAGAGUGGCUUCUCUCUUCAGAGCAGGGGCAUGCCUGGGCUGGAGCUCUGACUCAGGCUGGGGACCUCCCUGCAGAGCUCACAGUGGAUGGAGUGGCAGCAGCCCUGCAAGCCCUGCAGCAGCACCUGAGGCAGACCCAGCAGGACCUGAAUGAUGGCAAGAAGAAGAUAGAGGACUUGGAGCUGGAGCUGAGCCAGAGGCAAGCUGAGAGGGACCAUUUCAGUGCCCACAACCAAGAGCUGCAGAAACAGUUGGCUCAAAGCCAGGAAGAGACACAGGUGGCAGAACACAAGAAGAACUUUCUGCAAGCUACCUUGCAGGAGGAGGCUGUUGCUUUGAAGGAGGAAGCUAUGACUCUGCAUCAGGGAGUGGCAUCUUUGGAAAGGAAACUCCAGAGCACUGAGAAGCAAAGAAAAGAUGUCCUGCAGGAACGGGACAGCUUGCAAGCACUUAAAGAAAAACUGGCCUGGGACAUCAAACUUCUUCAGGAGUCAGUCACAGCCUCUGAAAGCAGAGCAAAUACAGCCACAGAUAUGAAUCACUGCCUGGAACACCAGCUCCAGACUACACUGUCUGUCCUAAACAUGAAAAAUGAGGAGAUGGAGACAUUGUGGCAGAAAAUCCAGGGGCUCCACAGGGAAGCAGCAGAGGGCAGAGCUCUGCAGGAGAAGCUCACUGCCAUCCUGUCAGAGAGGGAGGGAGAAGUGAAGUUGUACGAGGAACAGGUGAAAGUGCUGGAAAAGCAGAGAGAAAUGCAUCAAAAAGCUCUUGACCAGGUUGUUGAGGACAUAACAGAGGAAAAACAGAAGGCAGAAUCCCAGCAAAAACACAUAGAUGAGCUGGAGAAGCAGCAAGAGGAACAAAGGAUUGCUGUAGGCAAAAUGAGCAAAGACCUGGAAGAGAGACACAAAGAGAUCAGAUCCCAGCAAGAACAGAUACAGGAGCUGGAGAAGCAGCAAGAAACACAGAGGACUGUUGUCAGCAACAUGAGCAGAGAGCUGGAGGAGAGGGACCAGCAGAUCAGAUCCCAGCAAGCACUGAUACAGGAGCUGGAGAAGCAGCAAGAGCUGCAGAAAGCUGCUGUGAGCAGAGUGAGCAAAGAGCUGGAGCAGAGGGACCAGCAGAUCAGAUCCCAGCAAGAACAGAUACAGGAGCUGGAGAAGCAGCAAGAAACACAGAGGACUGUUGUCAGCAACAUGAGCAGAGAGCUGGAGGAGAGGGACCAGCAGAUCAGAUCCCAGCAAGAACAGAUACAGGAGCUGGAGAAGCAGCAAGAGCUGCAGAAAGCUGCUGUGAGCAGAGUGAGCAGAGAGCUGGAAGAGAGACACAAAGAGAUCAGAUCCCAGCAAGCACUGAUAGAGGACCUGGAGAAGCAGCAGGAAACACAGAAGACUGCUGCCAGGAACAUGAGUAGAGAGCUGGAGGAGAGGGACCAGCAGAUCAGAUCCCAGCAAGAACAGAUACAGGACCUAGAGAAGCAGCAGGAAACACAGAGGACUGCUGCCAGGAACAUGAGUAGAGAGCUGGAGGAGAGGGACCAGCAGAUCAAAUUCCAGGAGGGGAAAAGAAUGAUUCUAGAACAAGAGUGUACAUCACAAGUGAGAAAUCUCCUCAUGGAUCUUGAUCACAUGAAAGAACACUUGAAGGAGAAAAGCACAGAGCUGAUGUCUCUGACCCAGCAGAUCCAAGAACUGCAACAGGAGAGGGAACAAGUGCAAGGUCUGCACACAAGCCUUGCUCACCUGAGGGCAGCUCUGAAGGACAAAGAGAGCCAAUGUGAGUCUCAAAGGGAUCAGUUAAGACUCUUCCAGCAGUACAAGGAACAGCAAGAGGGGCAUCUGCAAGAGCUUCACAGCAAAGUAGAAGAGAUGACUCUCUCCUUAGCUAAAAAAGAUCAAGAGCUUGAAAUGCAACAAAAGCAAAUCCAGGAAGCAGAAGGGGUGAUGGAAAUGCAGGUCAAGGCUGUCAGUGACCAGCUGCAGCAGGCCUUGGAAACCUUGAAAGAAAAGGACAGGCUCCUGGGAAUCCAAAAGGAACAGAGAAGGAACUAUGAGGGGAAAGCAGAACAGGAGGUGAGUGUCUUACACAGAGACUCUGGACACACCAAGCCAGUCCUGGAAGAAGAGGAUUUCAUGGUUGACUCUCAGGAGGAAGUGAUGGAGACCUGCCAAGAACCAGAGUCUGAACAGCAGAAGGAAGUUCUGCAGCAUCUUCAAGUGGCACUGAAGGAACAAGGGCAGGAAACUUCAAGUCCUAGAAAGCAAUGUGAGGCAUGCAAGGAAAAGGAGGGAAAGCAGGAAGCUGAGCAAGCAAACCUUCAGGCAACAGAAGAGACUCUGAAGGACAGAGAAAGAAAGAUCAGCGUUCUGGAGGAGGCUGUGGCCAAACUUCAGCAGCAAAAGGAGGAGGCAGAGAUGCAGAUUAGAGCCAAACUGCAAAACCUUGAAUCUUCUCUAGCAGCUAGGGACCAGGAGAUAGCAUCUCUGCAAGAGCAUGUCCAGGAGCUUCGAGGGCUGAAGGACUUAGAAAGCAGCAAGGCCAAGAGGCUGCAGCAGGAGCUGGAUGGGAGAAGCCAAACAGAGAAGCAGAAUGGUUUGGAGUUCCUCAGGCAGGCAAAGCAAAUGGACAGGUUCCAGCCUGGUGAAGAAGGCAUGAAAGGAGCACUAACAGCAGGCCAGAAGCAUGUGGAAGUGCUUCAGGAAGUGGUGAGGAAGAGAGAUGAAGGCAAUGAAACUCUUAGGCAAAAACUCCGGUGCCAAGGAGAGCGGAAGAGCUUGCAGGCUCUCCAGCUUAGGCUGGCCAGGAAGGAGAAAGAGGUCAGGUACCACAGAGAGCAAGAGCAGCUCCUGGAAGAGGUCUUGCCUGAGAGGGAAGAUAUGAGCAAGGCUCAAGGUGAGCAAAGAGAGUUGGAAAAGGAAGUGAGAGCCCUUCAGGAAGAUCUCCAGCGUGCUCAGCAGACUCUGACAGGGAAGGAUGAAGAGCUCAGGUCUCAGAGAGGCAGAAUAAGGUCUUUAGAGGAGACUCUGGCAGGAAGAGAGGGAGAGCUGAGGAGGCAGAGUGAACUCCUGAAGCAACUCACAUCAGCUUGGCAGUGGAAUAAUGGAGGGGAGAGCCUGCAGAAACAAAUCCAGAAGCUUCAGCAGUGGGAGGAGGAGGAAGCAGAGAAGAGGAGAGCCCUCCAGGAGAGGGACACUCUCCUGACAAGGCAGAAGGAGCUGAGCCAGCAGCUGGCAGAGGAGCGGAGGGCGAAGGAGGAGGAGUUGCAGCGUGUGGUUGCUGCUUUGAAGCAGACUGAGAGUGGAGAAAUUGAGUGGAAGGAGAAGGCCCAGGGGCUGGGCCAGGCCCUGGCCAAGAGUGAGCUGGCCAACAGCACUCUGAAGGAGGAGGUAGCCAUCCUGCAGAGCAUGGUGUCAGACAGGGACAAGGACCGCUUCCACCUUCAGGCAGCUGCAGAGGAGCAUCAGUGCUGGCUCUCGGGGCAGCUCCUGCUGUCCCAGCGGCUGCAGCGCCUGCAGCGGGCAGUGGCAAAGCUGGAGCUUGAGAAGAUGGAGCUGAAGCAACUCAAUGCUGAGCUCAAGAGGACUCUGGAGCAGGUGGAAUGUGAACGGAGGAGGCUGAAGAGAUGCUGCAGUGCCCAGGCCCUGCCAGGGCCAUGUGGAUGUUCUCUCUCCCAGCACAAGGUGCCUGCUCCUGGACAGAAGUGUCCCACACCCUGCUGCCAUCGGGUAGCUGAGCUGCAGAGCCAGGUGUCCCUGCUGGGGGCACAGCUGGCACGAGAACGGAAACACAGAGAGGACUACAUCGAGUGCUGUGCCAGGACCAGCCAGGAGCUGUCAGACCUCCACCAAGAGCUCUCCUGCUCCUUAGCAGCUGUGGUCAGGGAGCCCAGAGCUGCUGUCCUGGAGGCAGAGGCCAGGAAGCUGGAUCAGUCUCUGACCCUGAACGUGGCAGUGAUGUCUCUGGGCCAGCAAUCUCCUGAGAGGCAGCCACUGCAUUCCACAGCCAGGGCCUCCAGAGGGGAUGACCUGAGCUGA